AUGGCGUGGUACCAGAACUACGGAGCAGCCAAGGCGCUGAUGCAGGGCGGUCACAAGAGCCGACAGCAGAGCAGGCUGGGCGGAGUGUCGUCGUUCUCGUGCUCGUACUCGUCAGCCUACGAUGAGUAUCGUAUCAUCUUUGUCGUCACACUCGUCGCUGUCGUCGUCAUUGCCGCCGCACUCGUCGCCAACUUUGAGGACCUCUCCACUCUCGAUGCCAUCUACUUUACCUGGGCCACACUUACCACGGUUGGCUACGGUGAUAUCUUCCCCACCUCUGCUGGUGGCCAGGCCACAGUCGUCUUUGUAGGCAUGCUUGGCCUGGCUAUUCUCUCGCUACUCAUCACCAUCAUUGCCGAUGCCUCUGCUCGUCGCGUCAACAAUGUUGUUGCCCGCCUCGCCGAGGCAGGCACCGCCGAUCCUUAUGUCCAGCUGCGGAACGAGCCUGUGGCAUGUGCAGGCCGCAAUGGCUGUGCCAUGCCUGGUGGCCCGUGCUGCCUGCCGCGGUUCGAGUGGUGCUCGCCCUGCGCCCGCCACGCAUACAAAACACCCGUCGUCCCGCGCUCGCUCCAUCCGCUGUGGAAUCAGGUGUGGGUCGUCGACACCGACGCUCUAGCCGUCCAGCAGCACGAGGCGGCACCAGCCUUUGACGAUGCGGGGCUGAUCCUUGAGUUUGAAGUGCUCGACUACGACGUGGCCAACGCCGACGACCGCAUCGGCUUUGCCUUUCUCGCCGUCGCCGACGUUGCGCCCGAGUGGCGCGACUUUGAGGCUCGCAUUGUGCUUGAUGAUGACAUCGAGCCGCUCACUACCGGACCGCCCACCCUUCACCUCUCGGCCCGCUGCCUACCGGGCACCUCGUGCAUCGAGGUCGUGGUCAUCGGCGCGGUCAACUUGCCGGUCAUGGACGAUUAUGCCGGCCGCCAACUGCUCUCUUCACUCGUCUCCAACGCGCUCGAGCCGACCAUGGCAGUCCUCUUCUCGGCAGCUUCGGUCCUCAUCGGCGGCGCCAUCUUUUCUUUCAUCGAGGACUGGCGCUACUUUGACGGCAUCUAUUGGGCGUUUGUCACCGUCAACGCCGUUGGCUUUGGCGACUUUGCACCCACCAAGGACAACUCGCGGCUACUCUUCAUCCCCUUUACCGUUCUUGGCCUUGCCGCGCGCGGUUACGCCAUCGGCGUCGUCUCCAACGCCAUCCUCACCCGGACGGCAGCCUCGUACGUGACGUCGGCCGACGCGCUGCACGGCAAGCUGACCCAGGACGACAUCGACGCGGCCAACAACCGCGCCGCUUCACGGCCGUGCUGCGCGUGUUGGUAUGGCCCAUCGGGCAUAUUCUUUCGCCACAUGAUGGCCGCCGUCGCCGUCCUCGCCGUCUCAGUCCUCCUCGGCUCGCUCAUUUACCUCAACGAGCCUGAGUGGACCUGGGGUGACGGCGUGUACUUUUGCUUCAUCACCCUCUCGCAAGUCGGCUACGGCGACUUUGUGCCGACCAACGACGGGACCAAGGGCUUUGUCAUUGUUUACUCGGUCCUCGGCACCUUCAUUGUCUCCAUUACCAUCGCCAUCAUCUCCAAGUCCAAGGUCGACGAGGCCCAGUUUGAGCUGCAGGAGAAGCGCGACGCCCGCAUCCGCGACUUUGAGCGCUCGCUCAAGGUCGCCGACUCGGAGGCCCCGCCCGAUUCUACCUAUGACGAGCAGCACGAAUCGUACUCUGACUCGGGCUCGAGAAGCCCGUGUCUGUCGUCGGCGUCAGGCUUUACGCCGACAUCGGAAAGCGGGGAAGCGGGUGAGAGUGGAUCGAGCGCCGCGGCGCCAAGAUUUAAGUCCAGCAAGGCGGCUGCCGGCGCCAUCGCCGCCAUCCGUGCCAUCCAGCGGGCCGAGGACGAGGAAAAGGCCGCGGUGCGGGCAGUGUGGCGGCGCAAGGUCGCGCGGCUUGCCACCAAGGUUCUGGUCAUGACGCUCGCCUUUGUCAUCCUCAAUCUUGUUGGUGCCGCCAUCUUCAUGGAGCUGCAGGAUCCACCGAUCCAGCAGUCGGGUGAGUAUGGGACUGCGGUAUACUUUUCGGUAGUCACUCUCUCGACCAUUGGCUACGGCGAGAUUGUGCCCAACUCGACGCCGUCCAAGAUCUUUGUCUGCCUGUACAUCAUGGUCGGCCUCGCGUUCUUUGCCACUCUUCUUGGCGUCCUCGACGACACCACGGCCGAGAUCUUCCAGUCUCCGGCCGACAAGUCGUCGUACUCAUCAUUUACCUCGGACUCGGGUGCCGACGGCGUCUUCCGCAGGCAGUUCCGCUCGCACAAGGGCCAUCAGGUCCUUCCGCUCUGGCGCGGCCCACGCUACGGCGAGCACAACGAGACCCGUCUGCGGCGCGCUGGUGCGCUUGUCCCCGCUGCGGCCUCGGACGAGGACUCGGGCAUCGAGGCGUACUACACCUACGACUCUGUCUCAGACUCAUCGAUUUCGUCGUAACGCACCUCACGCAAGCGCUUUGAGCUUGACGCCCUCGUGCAGCGCUCGCAGCGUAGUCUCUAGCGCCGUGUCGGCGUCAAAGAGUGCGAGCGCGAGCUGACCGACAGUCGCCAUGUCCUCGUCGCCGAGGUAGUCAAAGGUUGAUGCCACAAGCUCGACGGCGCCGGCAUACAUGUGGCGGGCGAGCGAGCCGUCCACCAGCGCGCCGUCUUCGGCAGCCGCGGGGAGAGUUCGCGCUUCGGCGAGCUUGGUGGCCUCCGGAGUCGCCGACACCGCCG